AAAACAAGAGAUGAGCUAGAUCAAUGAGGUGUUUUACAGUCAUGGCGAUAGUUUGGGGUGAUAAUUCCCCUUGGUCCAUAUUGCGAUGAGUCCUGCAUUUGUGUACACAUUUAUAUGUGUACUGAUGAAUCCAGGAUGUCAUGGAUGUUUGCAGGAUUUCGUCUGAAGCGGGGCCGUGUUACAGUGAGGAAUCGCAUGUACCAGUAAAGGUCUGUCGUGCCUGUACAGUGUAGCUACCUACCUCAUAAUGCCGGGCAGACUGUGGAGUAAAGCCAUCUUCGCCGGGUACAAGCGCGGCUUGAGGAACCAGCAUGAGCACACAGCCCUGCUGAAGGUGGAGGGGGUGUACACCCGCGAGGAGACGGACUUCUACCUGGGCAAACGCUGUGCCUAUGUCUACAAGGCCAAGAAGAAUACUGUAACCCCUGGAGGCAUGCCCAACAAGACAAGGGUCAUCUGGGGCAAAGUUACACGUGCCCAUGGCAACAGCGGGAUGAUCCGCGCCAAGUUCAGCAGCAACCUCCCCGCCAAGGCCAUUGGACACAGGGUUCGAGUGAUGCUGUACCCGUCACGGGUGUGACUUGCUGCCAUUUUGUACAAUAAAUAGUCCAAUCACA